UCUUCAUGCUUGUGCUGCUGCGGAUUGUAAACACACGGACUAUGGCUGCUGAGAGGGGCGGAGGCGACAACGACAACAACUUAAACGACGAAAUGGGGAACCAACUACAGCUUCUGCCAGAAAACGAAGAAGAAGAGGAAGACGACAUGGAGACGGAGGAUCGAGAUGGUGAGAGAGCAGAAAAGCCAAGUAUUAUAAACUUUGACACGAGUCUGCCCACUUCACACGCUUAUCUGGGCUCAGACAUGGAGGAGUUUCACGGUCGUACCCUGCAUGAUGAGGACAGCGUGCAGACUCUGCCAGUUCUUCCUCACAUUUCUCUCAUACUGAUCCCAGGUCAGACGUUGCCCUUGCAGCUAUUCCGACCACAGGAGGUCAGCAUGUUUCGCAACCUCAUAGGUCAGGAUCGCACUUUUGCCGUGCUAGCACACAGUCCUGAUACAAGUGGAACAGAGAUGAAGGCAGAGUUUGGGACCACUGCCGAGAUCUAUGCAUUUCGUGAGGAACAGGAGUAUGGAAUAGAGACUGUGAAGAUCAAAGCUGUUGGACGGCAGCGCUUCAGAGUGCAUGACAUACGCACACAAGCUGACGGGAUUCGUCAGGCAAAAGUGCAGAUUUUACCUGAGAGGAUCCUGCCAGACCCUUUAUGUGCUUUGCAAUUCCUGCCACGUUUACAUUCUCACACGGCACAGUCCAAACACACUCAUAUGACACCCCAGCAGGUGCAAUGCAGCCAGACCUGUAGACAGAAAAAAAUGAGCUCUGCUAGUAUGACCUCAUGGCCCCCUUGGGUGUAUUCCCUCUACGACUCUAAAACUCUUAUGAGCAGAGUAAAGAAACAACUACAUGAAUGGGAUGAAAACCUCAAAGAUGAGUCCCUGCCCACAAAUCCCACAGAUUUCUCGUACAGGGUCGCUGCAUGUCUUCCGAUAGAUGAUGCUCUCAGACUGCAGCUGCUGAAGAUUGGCAGCGCCAUUCAGAGACUUCGCUGCGAGUUGGACAUCAUGGACAGGUGCACCUCUUUAUGCUGUAAACAGUGUCAGGAUACUGAGAUAACUAGCAAGAAUGAGAUAUUCAGUCUGUCUCUGUAUGGGCCAAUGGCAGCAUAUGUGAAUCCUCAUGGUUAUGUUCAUGAGACACUUACAGUCUACAAGGCCAACAACCUCAACCUGAUUGGGCGUCCUUCCACACUGCAUAGUUGGUUUCCAGGGUAUGCAUGGACAAUUGCUCAGUGCAGAACCUGUGGUUCUCACAUGGGCUGGAAGUUCUCCGCAGUGAAGAAGGACCUCAGUCCACCUCGUUUUUGGGGUCUAACCCGUUCUGCCCUGCUACCAACUAUCCCGCAAGGCGACGAGGGUGUAGAGGGGUCACGCUUGCUGUGCCUGUGAUAUGAUCUGUGGAUAACCUGUGACCUUAAACCCAAACCCACAAGCGUAUAUUCCCAUGCAGGGUCAGUCUAAAAACAUGAGACUCCAAAACCUCACCCAGAAAGGAAAGUUUGUUUGUGAGAUUGAUUGUGUAGAUGAAUGCAUGAAUAGGGAGAGGAAGGGAAAGGAGACAUGGACGCUUAGGACACUGGAGUAGAAGGUACAACAGAAAGCAAGUAGUUGCAUUUACACACCUUCUGCCGUGUGUAGUACAGCCUGAAACGUGCAAUAUCAGAACAGGUGGGCUCUUUAGGAAAUAACAGUCUGUUGUAAUGUAGAUAAUUUACUUUCUAAGCACACAGAUAACAGGUAUUGAUUCUGUCAUAGAAACAAAUAUUAUAUGCCAGUGUUUCUAUAUCAUGUCAUAUGUGACCAAAGCCUGUGUAGUUGUAAAAACCAAAGUGUGAUUGUUUAAUUUAGUUGACAAAAAAACGAGGGAAAUGUUCUAGGGGUGGAUUUAUCUCAACAGCAAGAGUCCUUUUUCAAUCAUUAUCAGUAGAGUACAUCAACCAAUCAGAUGCUCUUGUACCUGUUUUGCACAAAACGAUAAAAAAAAAACGCUUGAACCAAUCAUUCUCAAGAUGCUAUAUGAUGUUGUGUUUGUGCUGCAAGUUCACGUGACGUCACACAACUGGCCGAAUUUGGCAGCCGGUUUUAUAACGGGAAAUAUCAGGGAGAUCCGCUUUAUGACAUUAAGACCCAAUAUCAUGACUGCUACUAAAAAUAUUGUGUAUA